AUGGGACAUGAGGAGCAUGGAGGGACUUGGCGCAUGGACGCAGCUCAACUGGAUACGCAAAGGAAGAAGGGAGAAGCCAUCUUGAAGACCAGCUCGACCACCACUCGACCAACCGGUCGAGUUCCUCAACUCGACCGGCCAAGCUUCAACUCGAUCGAGCUGGAAGUCAAAAGCUCUAAUCCCAUCUUUGUGUUCUUGAAGCUCUUGCUUCUUGAAUCCUAG